UGAAGAAAUUAAGCCCGGAAUAGGAUGAUCACAACGCCAUCUCGCUACUGGAUGCUCUACCGCAGCAAACACCCUUUCAAACAGUCCAGCACUCCACCGCUGCGCUGCAACUACUCCGUCCUCCACGAAUGGCGAAACGGCCCAAUCAACGAAAACCGCAGCUGGGGUCCUGCCGGCCCUCAGCCGUCUGAACUGCGAACGCCGACGUCAUUCGGAGAUGAUUCCACCGCCUCAUUCUCCUCCCUCGCCGAUUACGCUGCUCUUAUCCUGUCCACUCCCGAUCCGCUCCUCAAGUCCCGUCUUUCGCACCUCGCUUUCUCCCGCUGGAGCAGCUACUGCCUUCCCGUAGGCGUCGUUUUCCCUCCCGAUCGUCCCGCCCGCCCGGCGAGGCCUAUUCUGGUGCCUCCCAGGGAAAUACAAACACAUAAGAGUUCCGGCCUGCCACUCAAUGCUUACUUGCUCCAUAACCUAGCGCAUGUGGAGCUUAAUGCCAUAGACUUGGCAUGGGAUACGGUGGCUCGUUUUUCCCCACUUCAUGAUCUGCUUGGAGAUGAGUUCUUCUCUGAUUUUGCUCGUGUUGCAGAUGAUGAAAGCCGGCACUUUGCAUGGUGUUCACAAAGGUUAACGGAGCUUGGCUUCAGCUAUGGCGACAUGCCUGCUCAUAAUUUUCUUUGGAGAGAGUGCAAUAAAUCCUCUGGAGAUGUUGCUGCACGAUUGGCAAUUAUACCACUGGUUCAGGAAGCUAGAGGCCUGGAUGCUGGGCCUAGAUUGGUUCAGAAGCUGAUUGGAUUUGGAGAUCAUAAGACAUCAAAUAUUGUAGCAAUGAUUGCUGAGGAAGAAGUUGCUCACGUCGCAGUUGGCGUGUUUUGGUUCACUCAGCUCUGUCAAAAGAUGGGCAGAACUCCAUGCGAUACUUUUAAAGAUUUGUUGAAGUGUUAUAGUGUGGAGUUGAAAGGCCCUUUCAACUAUGCAGCUCGUGAUAAAGCUGGGAUACCACGUGAUUGGUAUGAUGAUGAUUCAUUAAUUCAAGAUGCGACCAGGAAAAGACUUUCAGAGGUUCAUGAUAGGCUUGCAACCAUUAUUUCUAUGGAGCAAGAGAGCUCAAAACUUGGAUAGACAUUGCUUUGGGUGAUCUAUUAGAUCAAUGAAGAGCAUGAUCAUCUUAUGGAUUAGCAGGAGAUUUUAUUCUUAUUAUUGUUUUUAGAUUAAAUCUCAUUUACAUGCAAAUCAUAUUUUAAAAUUAUAAAAAUAUUUUAUUUUCUAUGAGUUUGUAUGAAGUAUAAUAUUGCAAGUAUAUAGCCAUAAAUAAUAAUGCGACUUAUAAAUUUGUUGUCUAA